CAACAUCAUCAAAAAGGCGGCGGCGGUGGCGACGACAGCAACAUGGCCUUUGAUGCGUCCAAGCGUGAGAUUAUGCACAAGUUGCAAGAAGUGAUCGACAAGUCGCCGAAAGGAAGUGUGGAUGCUCCGAUUGUAGACAUGAUUACCCGGCUGAAUGCUCACCCCAACUACGUGACGUGCAGCAGUUGUUCCGGUCGCAUCGCCGUGUUCUGCGGCGUGGCUCAAACCCCACACGACGAAGACUCGCAUUUGAUCACGAAAGGCGGCAAGUGGCUCGUGAGUUCGCAUGCCCCUGUCACAUACGACGAGUUCACGUCUAGCGUCCUCGCCGACCCCACGUCGCUGCAGGGCAUGGUCAUCUUCAAGCACGAACCGUUCAUCAUGCAUGUGCAAUGCCGCGACGAAGAGUCGGCGAAAGCGCUGCUGCAAGUGGGUCUCGCAUGUGGAUUCCGCGAGUCGGGCGUCGUCCUCGGCAACAAGCGGACCAUGGUGGCUAUCCGCACCACCGCGAACGCGAUGGAGAUUCCCAUUGCUUUGCAAGGCCAGCUCAUGGUCACCGACGCCUACUUGCGCUGGAUCCUAGACAUUGCCAACCAAAAAUUCCAUGCAAAUCGAUCCAAAACCGAUAAACUGUUUGCUGCGAUGCGGACGUCGUUGUUCUUUGACAGCCCGCCAGCGCCAACCGAUGCCUCGACUUGCACGAGCCGCCUGACGCAGCUGCAUGUGACUGAGAGCUCCAGGUUGGCCAUCUCCAGGGCUGGACAUGCCACUGUUCUAGGACCGAACCGUAAGCUGUGCAUUGUGGGAGGACAAGGCCCCACCGCAACCAACACGACCCGCCUUGCUGACUUGGUCGUGGUGGACUUGAGUACUCAGGACCAAUCAAGUGUCCAAUUGGACAUGCCGCCACGAAUGUACCAUUCAGCAGUGUACGACUCUGUCCAGGACAAAAUGUUUGUAUUUGGAGGUCGUACAAGUCCCACGAAACCAUUGGGCGACCUGUGGACAGUCGACAUUGCCCACGGCGUUGCUGUGCCUGUCACAACCCAAGGCACCCCGCCGUGUCCUCGGUGGAGUCACACUGCGACAUGGGUGGAUGGCAAACUCGUGGUUGUGGGCGGCCGGGAUGCCACCAGUGUAUUGAACGACGUCUACGUGUUGUCGUUUACGACGUCGCCGCCAACGUGGCACCAACUGGCGUCGUCUGACGACGCCCGUCGGUUCCGACAUGCAGCCGUGGCGGUGGGUUCUUGUAUUUACGUGUUUGGGGGGUGGCAAGAGCUAGAUCCAAACUCCCAGUGCACUUUGAACUGUAUUACUGUCUUGGACACAAAAACUGGAGCUUGGUCCCAACUGGCGUGCACUGGUGCGGCUCCGUCCGCCCGUGCCAGCGCAGCGUUGUGUGUCGUGGAUAACCAGCACAUUCUGCUCUCCGGGGGAACGUCUACCACUGGGCCAUGUCAUGACCAGCUCUAUUCGAUCGAUGUGCAAACAAAGACGUGGAAGCAGUGGCCAUCCUUUCCAUCGGAUGCGUUGCUUGUCAACCAUACCAUGACAUACGACGAAGAGGCAAAAGCGGUCGUGGUGGUCGGCGGUAGCUGCCAGUGCUUUGGCUUUGGCGCUGUCUAUAGCCCCGCGUUCAUAUUGGACACGCAAACCAAACUCUUGUCCAACAAAUCGACACAAUCACUCACCAACCACGAGUUGCUGGUGGUCGUGGUCACUAAACCCAGGGUCAAAGCCAUCAAAACACUCGUGGAAGCGUUGGCCGUGUACGACAAGUCGAGGCGAAUUCAGCCGAUCCCGGAUGUUGCCGGGUACUUUACCGUGCCUGUCAUGGAUAGCUUUCGGGACCACGACCAUCCUGAGCUAAAGCAUUUGCCGGUCACGCAAGCGCAUGUAGCGGCGGCGGCAGUUGCAGAACAUGCGCAACUAGAAGGAACCGACGAAGUUCCCGUCGGUGGUGAGGUCGUUGCAGAGCAAGUUGCUGUGUCGACCGUCCACGACUCAAAGGUGUUGCUGCAUGCCGUGCUCGUGGCCAAAGACUCUGUCAAAUCUAUCAAAACACACUUGGAACGCCUAAGUCUUUACGACAAGACCAGACGUAUCCAUCCACAUGCUGACGACAUGACACUAUUUGCAGUCCCCAUCACAACUUCGUCGCUGCCGUCCGACGACUUGAUGCUGACUGCGCUUGACAUGAUCGUGGACGAUCUCAGGGACGUUAAGCCUGAGCUCAAUCCGACGGUGGUAUUGCAUUCAUUGCUGCAGACGUUUGCCACUGCGCACGACUUGGCGCCCGUGGCGGCCAAAUUCGAGUUCAUUGCCGAUGUGUUGGUCCUCCCCAAGAACUCGUUUACAGAACUCGCGUGGGUCAGCGACGAAGCCAAGGUCCUUUGGCAGUCGGUUUGCGAAAGCUCCCCACGGCCACUCAAGCGCGUGGCACGCAGCGCCGACGUGGACACGAAUGAAAAGCGCCAAAGUCACGUUGAAUUACUCUAUGUGCACCCGUCGUUUACCCCAACUUCACGGGGCGAAGGAUGGGUCCAAGUGCGUGAAAACGGGUUGACGUAUGCAUGGGAUCUCCAAAAAGUGAUGUUUUCGUCGGGCAACGUGACGGAAAAGGCCCGCAUGGCCAAGAUUGGGUGCGCCGGCGAAACCAUCGUCGACAUGUACGCUGGCAUUGGGUACUACGUUGUGCCCUUCCUCGUACAUGGCCAUGCCAGCUACGUCCAUGCGCUCGAGUGGAAUCCUGACUCGGUUGCGGCUUUGCGCUUCAAUUUGGAAACCAACCACGUCGCACACAAGUGCACAGUGCAUCCUGGGGACAACCGUAUCACAGGGCCUUCUUUGGGAGCUAUAGCCGACCGCGUCAAUUUGGGAUUGCUGCCGAAAAGCGAACAUGGAUGGCCCGUGGCGGUGCAAGUUUUGAAACCGACGGGGGGGUGGCUCCAUGUCCAUGAAAACGUCGCCAUUGACGACCUGACUACUUGGCGAGAGCAUGUGAUCCGGUCGAUUCGGAACUUGGGCCUGGCAAUUGGAAAGGCGUGGCACGUCGAGUGCCCGCACGUCGAGCGCGUCAAGUCCUACGCGCCCAAGGUGCUGCAUGUCGUGGCCGACAUUCACUGCCGACCACUAGAGUAGAUAGAACCAAUACCAUGGCAUUGCAAUGAGGCGGCCGGUAUCCUCUGAUGAUAUCCAAUGCGACUCGAAUGCCAUCAAACUCAAAACACUUCUACGACUCCGUGCCCUAUUCUUUCCACAGGAAACCAAGUUGCCACAGCUUGCAUAAUAGAGUUAGUUUAGCUGUUAAUAAUAGCUAGCUACAGUACGCAUA